CCGCCUCCUGCGAGCCAGCCGUGAAAUACCCGCGCCCGCGCGCACCAGGCUCCGAUUCCCGGGGUCCCAGGCGUCCCGCUGCGGGCACCGUGACCACAGCCUCCAAGUUCCCGUCCAAGGCCAGGCCCGCAGGGCGCCCUCCACCUGCUGCCCGCCAGGCCCGCUGCCAGCCCAGCCAUGAGCAAGCCCAGGAGGGACCAGGUCAGCACCAGCAGCUCGGAGCCCCUGCCCGUUGUCAUCAUCGGCAACGGGCCCUCGGGCAUCUGCCUGUCCUACCUGCUCUCGGGCCACACACCCUACGUGAGUCCGGAUGCCGCCCACCCACAUCCACUGCUGCAGAGGAAGCUGGCGGAGGCUUCAGGGUGCUGUCUCCUGGACCAGGACCUGGAGUACCUGUCCGAGGGCCUUGAAGGCCGGAGCCAGAGUCCCGUGGCUGUGCUCUUCGAUGCCCUGCUGCGCCCAGACACAGACUUCGGGGGCACUGCAGACUCUGUGCUCUCCUGGAAAUGGCAGGAGGAGCGCGCCAUCCCCCACCUGGUCUUGGGGUGCAGCCCGCCCGGGGGCGCCUGGCAUGCCAUCGAGGGCUCCAUGGUGACCCUGAGCCAGGGCGAGUGGAUGGGGCUUCCCGACCUGCAGCUCAAGGACUGGAUGCGAGGGAAACGCAGGGGUCUUCGCAACAGCCGCGCCACAGCCGGGGACAUUGCCCAGUACUACAGGGACUACGUGAGCCAGAAGGGUCUCAGCCACAACUUCGUGUCGGGCGCCCUGGUCACGGACGUGGAGAUGGGGACCCCUGAGCCCACAGACCCCAGCCCCCUCUUUCGAGUGAGCGGCAUCCUGACCACCAAGGCCCAGGGCCAGCGGCCCUUCUCGCUGUGGGCCCGCAACGUGGUCCUGGCCACGGGCACGUUCGACAGCCCAGCCCGGCUGGGCAUCCCGGGUGAGGCGCUGCCCUUCGUCCACCACGAGCUGUCAGCACUGGAGGCGGCCACACGGGCGGGCACCGUCACCCCGGCCUCGGACCCUGUGCUCAUUGUGGGUGCUGGGCUGUCGGCAGCCGAUGCGGUCCUCUAUGCCCGGCACUGCGGUCUCCCUGUUAUCCACGCCUUCCGGCGGCGGGUGGACGACCCCGGCCUGGUGUUCAACCAGCUGCCCAAGAUGCUGUACCCCGAGUACCACAAGGUGCACCAGAUGAUGCGGGAGCAGUCGGCCCCGUCGCCCAGCCCCUACGAGGGCUACCGCAGCCUCCCCCAGCACCGGCCACUGUUCUUCAAGGAGGGCCGCCAGGCCGUGCUCUGUGACCCGAAUGGCCAGGACCAGGUCCUCAGCGUCUCCCUGGUGCUGGUCCUCAUCGGCUCGCACCCCAACCUCUCCUUCCUCCCAGGGGCAGGCGCCAACCUCACCCUUGACCCCGAGCAGCCCCUGAGCGCCAAGAGGAACCCCAUUGACGUGGACCCCUUCACCUACGAGAGCACCCGCCAGGAAGGCCUGUACGCCCUGGGGCCUCUGGCAGGGGACAAUUUUGUGAGAUUUGUGCAGGGCGGGGCCCUGGCCGCAGCCAGCUCCUUGCUGCAAAAGGAGAUCCAGAAGCCCCCCUAGUGUCCAGCUGAAGCCCUGGCACCCAGGCUCUGAGAGGAGGGAGAUCACACAGUCCUGGGGACCCCCCAAGGUGCCCCAUGAGAACAAGAGAUGGGGAGCAAGAGCCACAGAAUGAGGGGCCCAGGCUCCAAGGCCAGAGCAGGGACCAAAGGGAUCUGGGGGAGGCUGCCAAAGGAGCCAGUCCCCAGGGCCAGCAGAGUGCCCACCAGGACAGUUGCAGCCUGGUUCCUUACAGAGUCAGUCUGUAAAAUAAAAUCAGCAUCUGCCGCCA